AUGAAGGGGGUGCGCGGGAGCUUCGCUAGGUCGGGGAGCUUCAACGCCGAUAGCCUGGGGCACGACACCAUUCGCCUCAUCGGUAACCUCUGCUUUGGUCUCUUCGUGGCCGGGGUGCUCGUCUUUACCAUCAUCGCUGCCACUUACCAGCCCGAUGAUCCGCUCCUCCAUCCCUCGGACAAGAUCGCUACAUUUCUGACCUCUACUUCUAACGCCACGUUCCGCUCCGAUGAGAGCGCCAUCUGGACAGGGGAGGAUUUCAUCUCCCCAGUCAACGAGACUGUCGCCACCGAUUCUUUCAUCAAAAUCAGUGACAUCGCCCCCAGUGCAGCCGCAGAUGACAGCAUGACUGCUGUGGCGAUCGAGCAGCCUAAGGAAUGCGACGCAACCGCGCCAAUCGACUGCUCAGAUCCAGAGAUCUUUCACAUGAUGAUGCGGGCGGCGAUAGAGCAAUUCAAGGACGUCCACUUCUACCGGUUCGGGAAGUCUGUCCGAGGCGACGGUGACAACUCCUGCGACAUGGCGUGGCGGUUCCGCCCCAAGGAUGCAAAGAGGGCCACCUUUUACAAAGACUACCGUAGGUUUGAGAUCAACCGUGGGGAUAAUUGCGUCCUUAGUGUCUCGAAUAUUGGAGAAUACCACUCUGGAGUCAAUGCGAGGAAGAAGAAGAAGGGAAAGGGACCGAAGGAGGGGGACGUUGGUUUUGAACCAAAGCACGAUGAGAACAGCAAACCAGAAACGGUGGUGCCUCUGGUGGGUGAAGCAGUGAAUGAUUCACUCCCCGUGGUGGAGUCCGAGGGUUCGUUCAGCAGCGGCAAGUACUUGAUCUACUCGAACGGGGGCGAUCGGUGCAAGAGCAUGGAUCACUAUCUGUGGAGCCUCUUAUGUGCCCUUGGCGAGGCUCAGUACCUGAACCGGACACUGGUCAUGGACCUGAGCAUCUGCUUGUCAUCUAUGUACAGCUCAACCAGUCAGGAUGAGGAAGGGAAAGACUUCAGGUUCUACUUCGAUUUCGAGCACUUGAAGGAGUCGGCAUCCGUGCUAGACCAGAGGGAGUUCUGGACAGAUUGGGGAAAGUGGCAGAAAAAAGAUAAGUUGGGUCUCUACCUGGUGGAAGAUUUCAGGGUUACCCCAAUGAAGCUGGCCAGUGUCAAGGACUCCCUGAUCAUGAGGAAGUUCGGGAUGGUGGAGCCAGAUAACUACUGGUACAGGGUCUGUGAAGGGGAGACCGAGUCCAUCGUCGGGAGGCCGUGGAACCUCAUCUGGAAAUCCCGCCGGCUGAUGGAAAUCGUAUCAGCGAUUGCUACGGACAUGAACUGGGAUUUUGACUCCGUCCAUAUCGUCAGAGGUGACAAGGCCAAGAACACCAAACUCUGGCCCAAUCUUGCUGCAGACACUUCCCCUGAUGCACUCCUGACCACCCUCAGAGACAAGAUCGACGACGGGAGGAACCUCUACAUUGCAACCAACGAGCGCGACACCUCCCUGUUCGAUCCCCUCAAGGACAGGUACACCACUCACUUCCUCGACGAUUUCAAAAACCUGUGGGGAGAGGGCAGCGAAUGGUAUGCAGAGACCAAGGAGCUGAACAACGGCGUUCCUGUGGAGUUCGACGGGUACAUGAGGGUGGAGGUCGACACAGAGGUCUUCCUGAGAGGCAAGAAGCAGAUCGAGACCUUCAACGACCUCACCAGCGACUGCAAGGAUGGAGUCAACACCUGCAAAACGGUCUCCUAG